AGAAAUAAAUCAUGGAUGAAUUAGAAAAGCUUGAAUAUUUGUCCCUGGUGUCUAAAGUAUGCACGGAGCUCGACAAUCAUCUUGGAAUGAACGAUAAAGAUCUUGCAGAGUUUAUUAUUUCUAUUGCUGACAAACACCCAUCCCUGCCCAAGUUCUCUAAAGUUUUGAAGAAAAAAGGGGCAGAGUUUCCGGAGACUUUCACCAAAAAUUUACUCUCUCUCAUUCAGAGAAUGCGGCCUCCAAAAAAGAAAAAAGGCAAAGAAGGAGAAGAGAUUCUCGUUGAAACGGACGACGGAAGAGGGAAAUAUAAACUCAUGUUCCCGGCUCUGUGUCGUGCGGACGACGCUCCUGUUCUUCCUGAGCCUCCAAAGAUAACAGAAGUGGACACCAAGGAUGCAGAAGACACAAUGAACGAGUUGGAGAACCUCCUCGCUCCUAGAGAAGAGAGGAAAAAGGGAAGAGGCGGUUCCCCGCAUCGAUCCAGGGAUCGGGAGAGAGAAUCUUCUACAAGGAGAUCCAGGCAUGAUAGAGAUGAUUCAAGGUCACGUCGUGAUCGUUCCAGAUCUCCACAUUCUAAAAGAUCCAGAGAUGAUCGGAGAAGAGAUGGAAGAGAUCACUCAAGAUCUAGAAGGAGAUCCCCAUCAUCUAGGAGGAGAACCCCAUCACCUGAGAGAUCCAGGAGGCAAAUACCAGAGGAGCCGACUCCAGGAGACAUUUUCGAAGGGAGAGUGACUUCUAUCAUGCAGUUUGGAUGUUUUGUUCAACUUGAAGGGUUAAGAAAAAGGAUUGAGGGUUUGGUUCAUAUAUCGGAGCUGAGGGCUGAAGGGAGGGUCUCACAAGUAUCUGAUGUUGUAAAAAGAGGACAGAAAUGUAAAGUUAAAGUGAUCAGUUUUACUGGAACCAAGACCAGCCUCACAAUGAAGGAUGUAGAUCAGAUAACUGGGGAGGAUUUGAAUCCCGGGAGAACCUCUAGGAUGAAGAAGCCUAAGAUCAAAGAUGAGGAGUUAAUUGGGAGGAACCCGGAUCGUCCAAGUGAUCUUCAGGUCUCGGAUGUCCAGGAUAGAUCAGAUUCUCCCAAGAGGAUAAAUAAGAUGUCUGAUAUGGAAAGAUGGGAGAUCAAACAGAUGGUGUCUGCAGGUUGUAUGGAUGUAACUGAACUUCCUGAGUUUGAUGAGGAGAGCGGCGUCCUCCCGAAGGCUGAUAGCGAUAACGAGGAUCUUGAGAUUGAAUUAGUUGAAGAGGAACCUCCGUUUUUGAACGGGCAUACCAACCAGAGCAUUGACCUUAGCCCUGUGAGGAUUGUUAAGAAUCCUGAUGGAUCCUUAUCCAAAGCAGCCAUGAUGCAAGGCGCUCUUGCUAAAGAGAGGAAAGAGAUCAAACAACAGCAGCGAGAAGCGGAGUUAGAAUCAGAGCCAACCACCUCAACUAAGAGCUGGAUUGACCCGAUGCCGAAGGAAGAGAAUCCAGCCGCUUCUACUUCUAAAAGUGUGAGCAUGAUACAGGGUGAUAUACCUGAGUGGAAGAAGCAUGCUUUUGGUGGAGCAAAGGCUUCUUAUGGGAAGAAGACGGAGUUAACGAUCAUUGAACAGAGGCAGAGUCUUCCUAUUUAUAAAUUAAAGGAGCAAUUAGUUCAAGCUAUUCAUGAUAAUCAAGUUUUGAUCGUUAUCGGUGAAACUGGGUCGGGAAAGACAACACAAAUCACUCAAUAUAUUGCAGAAGCUGGUUACACUGUGCGGGGUAAGAUUGGUUGCACGCAGCCGAGAAGGGUUGCUGCUAUGUCUGUUGCUAAAAGAGUUUCUGAAGAAUUUGGUUGCAGACUUGGACAAGAGGUUGGGUAUACCAUUCGGUUUGAAGAUUGCACAAGCCAGGAAACAAAGAUUAAAUACAUGACUGAAGGUAUGAUGUUGAGGGAAUGUUUGAUUGACUUCGAAUUAAACCAAUACUCAGUUAUUAUGUUGGAUGAGGCUCAUGAACGUACUGUUCAAACUGAUGUCCUGUUUGGGCUUGUGAAGAAAUACGUUCAGUCCCGGAAAGAUUUGAAAUUAAUCGUAACUUCAGCAACAUUGGAUGCCGUUAAGUUUUCAGAGUAUUUCUUCGGCGCGCCUAUUUUCACAAUUCCUGGUCGCACGUUCCCAGUCGAGAUUAUGUACACUAAAGACCCUGAACCGGAUUAUUUAGACGCGUCCAUGAUCACAGUGAUGCAGAUCCAUCUUACCGAACCUCCAGGUGAUAUCUUGCUCUUCUUAACUGGACAGGAGGAGAUCGAUACAUCAUGCGAGAUCCUUUUUGAAAGGAUGAAGUCCUUAGGUCCGGAGGUACCGGAGCUUAUCAUCCUCCCUGUUUACUCCGCUCUUCCAUCCGAGAUGCAAACGAGGAUCUUUGAUCCUGCUCCUCCCGGGAGUAGGAAGGUUGUCAUAGCAACCAACAUUGCCGAGACUUCUCUCACAAUAGACGGAAUAUAUUACGUGGUUGAUCCUGGUUUUGUGAAGCAGAAUGUUUACAACAGUAAGACAGGAAUUGAUCAGCUCGUGGUCACGCCUAUAUCGCAAGCACAAGCAAAACAACGUGCAGGUCGUGCUGGACGUACAGGGCCAGGUAAAUGUUAUCGAUUAUAUACAGAGCGUGCAUAUAGAGAUGAAAUGCUUGCAACUGCAGUACCAGAGUUACAACGGACUAAUCUAACAGCAACUGUCUUAUCUUUAAAAGCAAUGGGGAUAAAUGAUCUUCUGUCUUUUGACUUCAUGGACCCCCCGCCCAUGGAGACUUUGGUUACAGCUAUGGAACAACUUUACCAGUUAAGCGCUUUGGAUGAUGAAGGGUUAUUGACAAGGUUGGGUAGAAGAAUGGCUGAGUUUCCACUAGAACCCAUGCUAUGUAAGAUGUUAAUUAUGUCAGUUCAUCUUGGUUGUAGUGAUGAGAUACUCACUGUGGUUUCAAUGCUGUCUGUACAGAAUGUGUUUUAUCGGCCAAAAGAUAAACAAGCGUUGGCGGAUCAGAAAAAAGCAAAGUUUCAUCAAACGGAAGGAGACCAGUUGACUCUGCUUGCUGUGUAUAAUUCCUGGAAAAAUAAUAAGUUUAGUAACCCCUGGUGUUAUGAGAACUUUAUCCAAGCUCGUACGCUUAGGAGAGCACAAGAUGUUCGGAAACAAAUGUUGGGGAUUAUGGAUCGCCAUAAACUUGAUGUCGUGACUUGUGGAAAAAACACUGCUAAGAUACAGAAAGCGAUUUGCAGCGGGUACUUUAGAAACGCAGCGAAAAAAGACCCACAAGAAGGUUAUAGGACUCUUGUUGACCAACAGGUUGUUUAUAUACAUCCUAGCAGUGCUUUGUUCAACAGGCAGCCAGAAUGGAUUAUAUAUCAUGAGUUAGUGUUAACCACCAAGGAAUACAUGCGUGAAGUUACAGCAAUUGAUCCAAAAUGGUUGGUUGAGUUCGCACCGAAGUUUUUCAAGAUGGGAGACCCGACCAAGCUAAGUAAGCAGAAGAAACAGCUGAAGUUGGAGCCACUUUAUAACAGAUAUGAAGAACCAAACUCAUGGAGAAUAUCAAGGGCGUACAGGAGAAGAUAGUUCAAUUUAAACUUCAUAAAAACUCAUGCUUUUCAAUUCUUUUUUUAUAAAGACUAGUCGCCUUUUUGGUCAAUUUUGUAAAACUUUUUAAUGAAUUGAACAUUUUUCAUAAUGUUUAAAGACAGUAUCGAACUAUAUAUAAUUAAUUUUCUGAAAUAACAAUUUAAGUUUUGUGUAUUGGAUUAAACAGUGAUACAUUUUGCUAGUUUUCGCCAAAAUUUUAAUCAAGAAAGCAAAAUUUCAUAAAUAUUUUGACUUUAAUCUAACUCUUGUGUUCCAAAUGUUUGUAUUUUUCCAGUACAAACACAAAGAUAUCUUGUUAUUUUCUACUUUUAAGCUCCUAAAGCUAAACACUCAAUCAUACACCCUGUUUUGAAGUAAAGAAACACGAAUAUUACAUGCCGUUUCCAUAUAUAAACAUCAUGUUCCAUUUAAACCAAUCUACCAAUCGCAUUUCAUUUUUUCUAAAACUUCUGAAUUGGUCAGUUUAUGCCACCCUAUUCAAACCAUUGACCACAAUUGUGCUUAAACUUUUUAGGUUCUUUAGUUGCUAGAAUGCGCAAGAGUUUGCUGCAGAGGAUUAUUUUCCUUUGCCUGUUUGUGUGUGUAAGUGUAUGGUUCCUGUUAUGGAACCAAUCAAACAAAAGUAAUGAGAUCAACAUGGAGAUGAGACAGAAACUUGUGCACGAUCUGAAUUAUAAAAUAAACGAGAUGUCGAAGCUAGUAGCCGAUAACAAAUCGUUUCUUGAUAAACUACAAGACAUGAGUGUAAGAAUACAACAUGAACAACAACAUAAACCAACAAGCACAACUAAAAGAACAACAACAACAAAAAGAACAACAACGAAGAAAACAGAUACAAAACUGAUAAUACCAAUUGUAGUGUUUGCUUUCAAUCGACCCUCCGUGUCACAAUGCCUCGAUCUUCUCGUUAAAUACCAACCACAAGGGGGCAGUGUAAGCUUCCCGGUUGUUGUAAGUCAAGACGGAAACGAUAUUGCAACUUCCAAGGUUAUUCAGGGAUAUAAUGAUACGCAUAAGAUAUCCAACUACAUUCGUCACCCUGAUCCAGGAGAAAGUUUGAUUCCUCCAAAGCAUAGGGGAGGUCUAAGGGGUUACUACAAGUUAUCCAUGCAUUAUAAAUGGGCUAUCACACAGGUGUUCUCCUUGUUCCCUUCCUCUGAUUCGAUCCUCAUCCUUGAAGACGACCUGGAGGUUGCUCCGGACUUCUUUUCCUACUUCUCCUCCAUGCACAACCUCCUCCUGCGUGACCCAUCAAUCCUCUGCAUCUCCGCUUGGAACGAUAAUGGGAAGACGGGGCAAAUCGAUACAGGAGGGGAGAAGAUGGUUUAUCGAUCGGAUUUCUUUCCAGGGCUUGGAUGGUUAUUGAAGAGAAGCACUUGGGACGAGUUGGAACCAAAAAUGGCCGCUGGCUUUCUGGGACGACUGGAUCCGACACCCAGACCAAAUGCAGGGACGUGCUUGUAUUCGGCCAGAAAUAUUUUAAACCAAAACCUUUGGGCCCAAUGGUGUUAGUAACCGACAAUUCCUUUGACACACAUUUGAAAGUUUAUAAAGUUGAAUGGACCUCAAAGUGGAUUGGGGCAAAGAGGAUUUAUCAUAUCUUGAGAUGCAGAUUUAUGAUCGUACUUUUCUCACAAAAGUUUAUUCAGCGCCGUCUGUUUCUCUAAAUGAACUUCAAUCAAACUCAAAACCUUCGGAAAAAGAAGUCAGACUUGAAUACACCAACAGUGCUGUGUUUAAAACUUUCGCUAGAGCAUUGGGUAUUAUGGAGGACCUAAAAUCUGGUGUUCCACGAACUGCAUACCAUGGUAUAGUUAGUAUAAUGUAUUCAAAUAGGAGGGUUUAUAUUGCCCCUGUUCAAGGGUGGACUGGUUACGACCGCUCAGCUAGUUAGUGGAAAGUUUUGGGUUAAAUUUUUGUGCAAUAUAUUUAUGCAUAAAUAUGAACAAAUUUCAGGUGUUAUAUUUGCUGAUGUUUAUAUAAAUUUUCAUUAAUUAUCCAUGCUGUUGAAAACUACUGCUUUCAGUUUUGUUUAUUAAAAACAUUGAUAAAAAUAUAGUUUGAUUUAGCAUUCAAUAUCUGGGCUCUAAUUUUACAUAACAUGUCGUGUAACCUCUUCUAUAAUCUAGUCUUCUUCAGCAUUGAUAAUCAACAUAGUUUGAAACAUCCGCUCAACAUGAGUUUAUUAUCCUGACACAAGUUAUAUAUUUACUUUGUAUUGUAUGUUCUUUUUAUCAAUUGGUGACUUACAUAUUCUACCUAUAUUUAAAUAUGGACUGUUCCCAAUACAUCGUUUUUUAUUUUGCUUUGUUCAUUUCUACUAUUCGUUAUUAUCUGUAAAUGCCUUUAAACAUCUUAUAUUGCA